AUGCAUCCGGCAUGUGCAGCAUGCAAGCAUCAAAGGAAGAAAUGCAGUGAAAACUGUAUAUUGGAACCUUACUUUCCAUCGAAUAGAAGUCGUGAGUUCUAUGCUGUGCACAAGGUUUUUGGUGUUAGCAACAUAACCAAGUUGGUAAAGAAUGCUAAAGAGGAAGAUAGAAGAAAAGUUGUGGACUCAUUGAUAUGGGAAGCAUGUUGUAGGCAAAGGGACCCUAUACAAGGUCCUUAUGGAGAGUACACAAAAGUUUACAAUGAGUAUAAGAAAGUGUUGGAUGAAAUUAAGAGAUUCAGAAGCCAAAACCAACUUUUGCAAAUUCCCUCUCUAGGGUUUAAGUCUGUACAAGAUUUGAUUGCUUGCAAUGGAACCAAAGGGGAACACAAAGCGUCAGUUAAUAAUGCAUCAAAUUAUCUUCAUGGGAAAAAGAAUGGUAUUAUUGAUACUAAUAUUUAUAAUACUUAUUGUUCGAAUUAUUUGCUAGAGUUUCAGAAUAUAAGGCCAGAAGUUGUCAUACCGUUUCAGCAACACUCUCAACCAUACUACAUUACAGGUAUCAAUCUUUGA